CCCACCACCGCUAUCCUUCUCCUCCUGGUGGCCAUCCCAUCUUCGAUACAACAUUCACCAAGCCAUUGACCUUCGCAUACUCCUUGGCUAUUUUUCGACCGCUCCAUCUACCACUGUUCGAGUACAACUAAAUCUGUACCAAAAAUAAAAAAAGCAUCAAUCUCCCUUCACCUUAUCUUCAGAGCUCGUCCGUCCGUCCGAAAGCUGCCAUUAAUGGCCGCCGAUUCCUCCCCUAACGGGGCGGCCGGAAACCCCUUCCUCGAUUACGCCGAUACUCCUCAGAACUCGAAUGAACACUCACAUGUAUCGAGUCCCGAUGCCAGUCGACCGAAUUCCGCUGGUGGUGGUGGACGAGGAGUGCGAUUCGGUCCCGGAGAAACUCUAGAUUUAUUGGGAAACAGGACCGCCUUCGAUCUCAGUCCCUAUCCUACCGGCGAUUCGGUCCAAUAUUAUCCCACACCUCAAUUGAGAACUUCAACUUCUUCUCCACCGCCACGAAUCGAGGUUGCGUACUUUCCCGAUUCUCCGGGUCCAAUCUCGGGAGCCAGCACUCCCGGAACCCCAGGAACUCCAGUCACUGUUCCGCCGAAAAGCUUUGCAUACAAGAAGGCGAAAGUUGAGGAUGACGACGAGAUAAAUGAGAAGUAUGACACCUUCACUCCACGGAGUGUCAUGUCCCCCCAACAGCGGAUGUCAAAGUAUGGAGGAAGCUAUUCUGCGCCGACCUCAGCCCGUAACUCGCCAGUUUUGAGUCCGUAUGCCGUCGGUGCCGGCCAUUCGGGUGGUGCUGUUGCUGUUGACGAUAUCCCCACAUUCGACAUCUCGGACGAAACAAAAACAGCAACAGUUGGUGGGAGUCCGGGCCAGGAUACGCAGAAAUCGGGACCUGGGCUGGUAGCUACCAGGGAAGCCCAGGAGCUUGUCAGACAGCACACCCGGCGAGGAGGACGAAUUGCGGAUCGAUUCCGUCGGCCUGCUGUCGAAGAGCAACCAGUCUACGAAACUUUGCCCUCUGGAUACAACACACCCAUGGACCGUAGGCAUGCGGAUUACAUUCCGAAGCCCGAUCAUUUGCACGGUGGUGUGUUGGGCAACUUGCUCAAGUUGUACCAUCAGGAUGGGCAGGAGUCACGACCGCUUAACGGACAUCACUCGGCCGCCCCGAGUAUCUCCUCGCAGUCUGGUCGCACAACGCCGAAAUGGUACACAAAGAGUGCCAACACUUCUUCGACCUCGCUCGGCAGUUUUCUGGCGGCUACAGGCGCGCAGACUGCGGCUACUGCGGGUGGUGCAGCAGGCACAGCGGCAAGGGUUAACCGGCCGAAACUGAAGCAUCGACCCCAUAGCGGUGGUAUAAUCGACAAAUUCAAGAGUAUUCCUAGGUCGAAUACCUUUGAAGAAGAGACACGGAUCACCGUCCACAUUGCUUCGCUGCUCCAACGACAGAAGUACAUCAUCAAAAUUUGCAGAGCGCUCAUGCUCUACGGUGCCCCUACGCACAGAAUGGAGGAGGCAUUGAAGAUGACAUCGAGAGUCCUUCAAAUCGAUGCUCAAUUCCUCUACAUCCCGGGCUGCAUGAUCAUGAGUUUCGGGGACCAGUCGACCCACACCUCGGAGAUGCAAAUCGUGCGUACCGCGCAAGGCCUCGAUAUGGCGAAGCUACACGAUUGUCAUCUGGUAUACAAGGAGGUUAUACAUGACUGUAUCGGAGUCGAAGAGGCUAUCGGAAGACUGGACGACAUCAUCAACAGAAAACCACUACGCAGUCCUUGGGUACAGGUAUUCAUCUACGGAAUCGCCAGUGCUACGGUUGGUCCUUUCGGUUUCAAGGCGGGUCCCAUGGACAUCCCGGUCUUGUUCUUGCUUGGAUGCAUGCUGGGCUUCUUGCAGCUCAUUCUGGCACCGAGAUCCGAGCUCUACUCCAACGUUUUCGAGAUAUCAGCUGCAAUCAUUACGAGCUUCUUCGCCAGAAUGUUCGGCUCCAUCAACGGAGGGAACACGUUUUGCUUUUCCGCGCUCGCCCAGGCGUCUAUUGCCCUGAUCUUGCCCGGGUACAUCAUCUUGUGUGGAUCCCUCGAACUGCAGUCGAAGAAUAUUGUGGCUGGCUCGGUCCGCAUGUUCUACGCCAUCAUUUACUCUUUGUUCCUCGGCUUCGGUAUCACCAUCGGCUCAGCACUUUACGGCCUCGUUGACAAAAACGCCACCUCUGCUACAACCUGUCAAAACCCCUUCGAUUGGCGGUACAAUUCUCUCUGGGUCGGGGCAUUCGCUUUGUGUUUACUCCUUGUGAACCAAGCACGGUGGCGCCAGGCCCCAGUGAUGGUGGGUAUCGCACUUGCCGGAUACGUGGUCAACUACUUUUCGAGUCAGCGAUUCGUCGCACAGCCUCAAAUCGCCAACGGGCUGGGUGCAUUCACCGUGGGUGUACUCGGCAAUCUCUACUCCAGAGUGGGACAUGGGUUGGCUUUCGCGGCCAUGCUUCCGGCGAUCUUCGUGCAAGUGCCUAGUGGGCUCGCUGCCCAAGGCUCGCUGCUUGCCGGCCUCGAAGGGGCUGAUGCAAUCCUGAAGAACUCCGUGUCGACUCCGAUAUCCGGAACCUCCAUCAUGUUCGAAUUCGGGUUUUCGAUGGUCCAGGUGGCAAUCGGUACUACCGUCGGUCUCUUUGCAGCAGCGCUCGUGGUCUAUCCGAUCCCGAAAAAGAGGUCUGGUCUGUUUUCCUUCUAGGACAAGGCGAGCAGGAUUCUACAUCCUCGGCUUUGUUCACAUCACCACUUUUCUGAGUCGUUGCCCAUCCCUUUCGUUUAUUCAUAUUGAUCUUCAUACUUUUUUUAACCCAUUCUUCAUUUUGCUUGCUU